AUGGAUGCACUCUUGGCAGCAAUUACAGCAGCAACAGAGCAGGCCAAGGAUGGGCUGCAAGAGGCACGCUAUCACUCAAACAUGCUCCGAUUCUUGUGCCAUGAGAUGGAGAAGGUUGAGCGCCUGCUCCCCAGAGUGCCAAGAGAAGCUCCACAGGAUGUGCUGGUCAUGCUCAAAGAUGAAAUGAAAAGAGGGUCAUGUCUGAUCAGCAGACAUGCAAGGCGUUUUGAUCUUCGUGGUUUCAGCAAGGUGGAUCUAGUCAGUCGCAACGUGGAGCAAAUGUGUGUAGUGUUCAGAGAAUGUCUCUAUGACCUGGGCUUGGAAGAGGGCACAAUUGACAUUGAGACAAUAAUGAAUGCUGAUGAAGUGGCUGAGGAUAAACGCUACAUGUACUGGUAUCUUACCUGCAUCCUGGAAGGCAGAGGCAUAGACAGGCAGAUACCCGAUGGAACUAGGAAGGAAUUGGAGGAACAGGUGACCAAGCAGAGACUCAGGAUGGAAUUCGUCACCAUGAUACCAGAGGGAGAAAUUACACAAAGGGAGAAGAUUGGUGAAGGUGGUUAUGGUCAGGUGUUUAAGGGGUGGUGGAAGAAGGCUGCAGUUGCAGUCAAGAUGUUGAGGAGUGACCUCACACCGGAAUCGAGAGCUGAGUUCUUGAGCGAGGUUGAGCUUCACAUCCAGCUCAAUCACCCCAAUGUGGUUCGCUGCUUUGGUGCAGUAGCCUCAAAUGGCAUAGUGAUGGAGCUGGCUUUAACAGACUUGGAGAAGUUCUCUUGGAGGCAUGGGGAAGAAUGGGAUUGGUCCAUGAGGCUGCACCUGAUGUUGAGUGCCUGCUCCGGUUUGCAGCACCUGCACAACUCAAGGAUAGUUCAUGGUGACAUAAAGACUGCCAAUUUUCUUGUGUUCGAUUCAUCAUCUGGCAAGGAUGUAGUCAUCAAAAUCUCUGAUUUUGGGUUGGCUGCCACUAAGACCGAGACAAGAUCGAAGACUGCCUUUCCGACGGCAGGCACAUUCUUGUGGAUGGCUCCGGAGCUCUGCGAUGGAGCCCCGCAGUCAUUCAGAGCCGAUGUGUUUUCCUUUGGACUGGUUCUUUUUGAGCUUGCUGCAUUGAUCCCACCCUACAGAGGUCUAAAAUCCAAUGCCAUGGUGCUGAGGAGGAAAAAACUUGGCAAGACUCCAGUUCCCAUUCCAGAGAAAUGCCCUGAAGCACUGUCAGGGUUGAUGAAGCACUGCAUUGCAGUGGCCCCACGUGACAGACCCACGAUGAAGCAGGUCGGCGCACGAUUGACCGAGAUUCUUCAGCAGCAGGAGAACGCGUUCAAGGCGCUCCAGCAGAUUUCGGACAAGGGCCCGGAGGUGAAAGACAGUAUCGUGGGCACCGGGGCGGGCGGCACGGCCAGCGACAUCAGCCACGAGGAGAUCCAGCAGCAGGUGGGGAUCAUGAACUCGGGCGACCGCCAGCUGCAGGAGCAGGCUGCCCAGGUCUUCGAACAGCACCCCAGGGCGUCCAGGCUGAGCACGGUUAGCGGUCCCGAGGGCAUGCCGACCUUUCAGCCUCUCGACGGGCGACGACCGCCGCUCUCGGGCGGCGCUGAAGAAGGCGAACCCCUGAGUGCGACCCCUCAGCGCCGUGCGCCGAAAGUUGCAGAAAUGGGCCACGUGGUGGACACCCGAGGCGUGGCGCACAACGGGCAGUUCGCGUCGCAGAACAGCGAAGACGGCCACGCGCCCACGCCCACCGCCCACGCGCAGGGCGUGCCCCUCCAGGACAGAGCGCCCAGCAGCAAGAAGCUGGGCCGAUCCGGCGGCCGCGGCUCGCUGCGCAGCCUCAACGUGUCCGUGGAGGCCGACUGGUUGAGGACGCCCACCUUCGCGGGCUUCGCGCGCGGGCGCCCAGAAUCGGGCGUCCUGUCUUCGUGGCAGUCUAAGGUGGGGCGCGGAGACAGCCCGGGGCCAUCGGGGCCAUCCAGGCCAUCCAGGCAGGCCAGCCUGCCCGCCAAACUUCAGGAUCAGUGCAGUGGUAAAUCAGGGAAUGGCUACGGCCAGGCGGCCAACGGGUACAGUGUUGAAGACCAGUGGUCGAGCGAUGACGAUGAGUCUGGCACGGGUAGGGAGUCCCAGGGCGGCAAUCGCACGCCCACCAACAGGCUGCACUCCUCCAGGAUCGCCAAGUGCGACAGGGGCACUGCGCGAUCGCCCCUGAAACAGAAGAGGUCUGGCGGAGCCCAGUCCAGCAGCAGGGGAUAUGAGCUGGACACUGGGCACAGCGACCACCAGAGGGGUGUGGACAGGCUGAAUUAUGACAGCAAGGUGAUGAGCAGGAGGCACCUGAACUAG